AUGUGCAAGCCCUACCGCUCCAUCCACCCCCUCUGCCGCCACCCCCUCGCCAGGGGCUGGCACCACUGGGCCGUCGAGCCGUGCCGCGUGGCCCUCUUCACGGGCCGCGAGUGCUGGAUCCCCGUGGACCUCCCCCUGGCGAUGAUUGAGGACCGCGUUUGGGGGGGAGGGGAAGACGACGAUGACGGCGGGGGCGGCGGCAGCGGUAAGCUGUGCAAGUGGUGCGCGAAGAAAGGCAAGGACGACGACGCGCACGAGGUGACAAAGUCGGCCAAGAAGACUAGCAGCGCCUCGUAG